CUCCCUCCACUGCUCUCUCUCGGUCACUCUCAUUGAAGUUCAAGUCGGAGCAGAGCAGGGAUCAGCUUUCUUUUGGACACACUCGUUUGCCUCUGAAAAUCCAGCACAGAUCCAGCCACACCUGCUUGAUUCACUCAGCAGGAGCCUUUUUCAGGAGAGAAAAGAUGAGGUGUAAAAGAGACAGAUAGGACCAGAAGUUAAAAAUAAAAACAUUGCUACAGUCUGCAAAAAUGGGGGCCGGUGUAAGACGGCACACACUUGGAAUACUUAGCUUGCUGUCAUUGUGGCCAUGUAUGACCACACAGCCCUCAUGCCCGGCAGGGGCAACUCCACCAGAACUGGAAAUGCCUGGGAAGUGGUCUGUCCAGCUAGACUCUGUUGAUGGGGGUUUUAUGUCAUUGAUUGUCCAUUCCUUCCUGCACUCUGUCCAGUCAAACCCCUUCCCUAAAGAUCUGAUUAUUAAGAUAAAUUCAGGAACUGCCACAACAGAGACAAUAAAAGAGGUUCUGCGAUAUCAGACAGGCUUCCUGGUGUGUGUUGCCAUUGGGAUCCUCUAUAUCGUCCUCAUGCCUUUAAUUGGCUUCUGUUUUGCCUGCUGCCGUUGCUGCGGCAACUGCGGGGGCCGAAUGUACCAAAAGCAGACCAAGAGUAUCAACUGCAAGCGAAGAGUCUUCUACUGGGCAACUUUGUUGAUCACUUUGUGUAUACUAGCAGGGAAUAUCUGCAUGUUCUUAAGCAAUACCUACACAGGAGACGGUGUUAGCACUGGUGUAGGUGAAGUCAACAACACCUUAAAAAAUCUACAAAGCUACAUCGACACUGUUCCCAAGCAAAUCGACCAAGUGCUGAAUGAGAGCUCUGUAACUGUGGAGGAAGUCACAUGUCACAUAAAUGAAAGUGGCCACUUUCUUGGCAAACAAAUCCAAAAUGGUCUAGAAGGCCCCCUUAAGCCUGCCCUGGACUCUGUUCGAUUGAUGGAACAAGUGGUGAACCGCACCAGCUUGUUGCUACUGGAGUUGAACAGAACUCAGUUGCAGCUGCAGACAGAACUGGGAGUACUACAGAACAAUCUGACUUCAGUGAGAGAUCGCAUAAAUGACACAUUGCACAAAACAAACUGUUUGGGCUGUGACUUGUUUCAGUCGAAUCUGGACCGCCUGUCCCUGGACACAAACCUUAAUACAACCAACCUCACUGAGCUCCAGUCAGCUGUGGACCAGGCUGUGAACGCUGACCUGAAUGCACAGAUUAACAAAGGGGAAGAAUUACUUGAUAGCAUUCCCCAAAGGGUGACAAAUGAAACCAGAGGCAGCGUGCAGGGGAUUCAACAGCAGCUGCAAAACCUGAAGAGGCAGGUCUCACAGGUAGCUACAGAUCUUCCUCAUGAAACACUGAACGACAUCUCCAGCCAGCUGAGCAACGUGCAGAAAUCUUUCAGCAAUAAUGUACCUCAAGUAAAGUCAGCAGAGCAAAUCAGGUGGAUUGUUGCAUUGAUCCUGUGCUGUCUGAUUCUGCUGGUGGUUGUGUGCAAUCUGCUGGGUCUGCUGCUUGGCCCAGCUGGACUAAAGCCUAAUGAUGACCCGACUGACCGCUCUAGCACUGCUAACUGCGGAGGACUCUUUCUCAUGGCAGGUGUGGGCUUCAGUUUCUUAUUCUCCUGGAUCUUCAUGAUAGUAGUGCUGAUACUCUUCUUUGUGGGGGGGAACAUAUACACCCUCGUCUGUGUGCCAUGGCGGUCUGGGGAGCUCUUUCAGUUCCUUGACACUCCUGGUGUAAUUCCGGGAUUCCAGCUGUCUCAAAAUCUAGGGCUAAAAACUAACCUGACAAUCACUGGGGUGUAUAAUGACUGCCACAAAGAUGAGUCCUUGUGGAACACCUUACACCUGGCGGAGGUUAUUAACCUCAAUGACUUUCUUAAUGUUUCCAAAUAUACAGCUCAGGUCCAGCAGGAUUUCGAGAAGAGUCAAAUCAGUCUGCCCAACAUCACUCUGCUGAGCUCAGGGAUACAGAGCCAGCUACGCAACUUCUCUACCACAGCCAACAGUGUGAACUUCAGCAGCAUCAUCCAGAAGAUUAAUACUUUUUCAGAAGCAGAUCUGAAAUCGACUGCAGAUGAACUGGAUAGAUUAACUAAUAAUCAGGCCAACACCACUAUUAAAACUGAACUCCAGAAUGAGGCAAAUGACCUGAGAUUCAUCCAGACUCAGAUCAAUAUCACUAUCAACCCUCUGGUGGGGCAGCUGAAGUCUACAGUUGAGAGGUUAAGUGUCCUGUCAUCACAAGUCAAAGGUACUGUUGAGAAUGUUCUACAGAAAGUCAGCUAUGCCCAGGACGUUUUGAACAACAACAAAACACAAAUAGUGAAAUCGAAAACAAGAGAAUUUAUAGAUAGUCAGAUGGGAAUCCUCCAAAAAUUUGCUGAGUGGGCAAACGACACGAUCACUGAGCGGGUGGGUCGCUGUGGGUCAGUGGCUGCAGCUGUUGACACAGCAGAGAAUUUGGUUUGCACAAAGCUGGUAGACUCUGUGAAUGCCUUUUGGUUCAGUUUGGGCUGGUGCAUGGUCUUCCUCAUUCCCAGCAUUAUCUUCUCAGUCAAGCUGGCCAAGUUCUACCGUCAGAUGAAGCACAAAGAUGUGUAUGAGAACCAAAUAAUGAUGCAUCCCAUUCCGAGAGCUAACAUGAAACCUUACUGAAAGAGAGAAGAAAAACUACUGUAUGUUGAUUGUUGCCAUACUAAAGGCCUUCAGCACAGAAUUCUCACUUCUGAUUUGACAGAGGAGUAGCACUGGAUGUUCAGCUACACAAAUCAAGAGCCCAAGAGUUCAGCUAUUAAAUGGAAAAGGGAAAUGCACGGCCUUUGGAUUGAGCACAUUCCAGACAUGACUUGAAAGUUUUACUAUGAGUAGUACCACCAGAGGCGCCACUAUGAGUGUGAAAAUAGUAAAACCAUGCUGCGGCCAUUUGAGAUAAUUUGGGAUCUUGAGUUCGAUUUCUUUUGUCUUCUGUGCAGCAUUAAAUAUCUGUCCAAAAUUUUCAUUGCCAUUUUUCAAAAAUGUAUGUUGUUGUUGAUGUUUUUUUUUUUAACCCGUAUUUUAAAUAGGAACUGGCAUGAAUGCACUUUAUGUGGUCCUCAAUAAGGUCAAACCUUAUAUGUCAUAAUUUCAGGAAAUGUACUUUGUCUAUUAAAGUGUGCUACUGACA